AUGGAGGCCAUAAUAAACCAAGAGGCCAUUUAUCGCGUCGCCCGGAUGAACCGGGUCGUCGCCCCUGGCGACCCCGAUGCGCGGCAGCUCUACGAGGCGGCGCGCGCAGGCGACAUGGGCGGGGUCAUGUCGGCGCUGCAGAGGAGCCCCACCAUCGACAUUGACGCUGCCCACAGCGAGAAGCCCGACUUCACCCCGCCCUUCGAAACGGCCCUCCACGCCGCCGUGAGGGGAAACCACGCCGACGUCGUGGCCGGGCUCAUCGCCCUGGGCGCCAACGUCAACGCCGACUCGGACAUCAGGCUCGGGCUUGCGCUUCUGUCUCCGUUGCACGUUGCCGUCAUGGACCGAGACUCGCAGAAACUACCCAUAAGCAUGGAGCUCUUGUGCCUCCUGCUCGACUCUGGCGCAGACGUCAACCGGAAAUACCAUUUCGGCUUUGACAAUGGCCCGCUGUGCAACCUUGUUCUGGAAAGGGUAGAUAUGGUGGACCGGACAAAUGGCAUCCAAGUCCCCAACCAGGCAAAUCUGGAUGCCAUAGACUUGUUCAUCAGCCAUGGCCACGACGUCAACAUGCCCGGGAGUCUCUGGCACUUUUUUGACGUAACCUCGGAAUGGAUCAACUAUGUCGUCGAGCUCGGUUACGAUGACCCCGACGUCCGCAUAGGCAUGCUGUCGGGGUUGGGGCAUGCAAAUGGCUUAUGUCGUGGACAGAAGUCCGAGUUCCAGACGCAAGAUGAGCUCAAGGAGGGUGCCGACAGGAUCCUUGCUGGCUCCGACAGAGAGGAAAUGGUAUGGCGGAUGCCCAAGGUCCUUUUUGCAGCGGUCGAAAAGGGAUAUCGGGGCCUUGUCGAGUUUUGGUUGGACGAGCGUUGGCGUGAUUGGGGGAUCGACAUCAAUGCGAGCGAGGAACAUAGCAGGCAGACGGCAAUGCACAAGGCUGCGGCUUCAUACCGCAAUACUCGCGACGUCGCCGAUUUCCUCCUUGGCCGCGGGGUGGACGGCGAUGCCACCGACAGUACUGGGUGCACGCCUCUGCUCUGUUGCCAAAAUGGGGGAUGUAGCGGCGCUGAAUUCGCCAAACUUCUCCUCAAGCACGGCGCCGACGUGAAGGCCAGGGACAAGGCAGGAAACAACGCCCUACACCGCUGCGUUAAUUCGCAGCCCGUUGUUCCCAAACAGCCCGCAAUUGUCGUUACCCUGCUCGCGGCGGGCGCCGAUCCGGACGCCAAGAAUGACGUCGGAGACACGCCGCUUCACGUCGCCAUCAAGCUCGCGCCCCCCCCGGGCUGGACGGAUGCAUCGGCAUAUUCCACUGUAUGA